AUGGCACUCACAAGUCUCCCCUUGGACGCGAUAGGUAGAAGUGUGACUUGGAGUCAACUUCUAACAGCUUCUGUUGCAUUGGGGACAGCGUACUGCAUCGGCCGAACCAUUUACAACCUCUACUUCCACCCGCUCUCUCAAUACCCAGGGCCGAAGCUUGCCGCCAUCACUGAUCUGUGGUGGGCCUACGCCAGUACAACAGGUAGAUAUCCUUGGAUAAUCGAGGAUACCUUGAAAAACUAUGGAGACGUUGUGCGCAUUGCUCCAAACGAGCUUGUCUUCAUCACGCCGCAGGCAGCGAAAGACAUAUAUCUCGCACAGCAGAAAAAUCUUGAACUCUUCGUUCAGGUCGGCUACGACGCUUUAGACACAGGCGACGGCGGGAUUUCAGGGGAAACCAAUCCUGUGAGGCACCGCGAGAUCGCCAAGAGGCUUGCCCCUGCUUUCAGCACAAGAAAUCUGAGGGCCAAAGAGGCCGCUAUUCACAAACACAUUGACCUUUUCGUGAAUAGGAUGAAAGAUUUCGGGGGUGAUGAGAGAGGGGCAGACAUGAGACGUUGGGUGGAGUGGCUAGGACUGGAUUUAUCCGCGGACAUGACAUAUUGCAUCGACAUGGGCCAUUUGCGAGACAUGAAGGACUCGGUGCUUGUUCGUUCAACAUUCAAGUUGAACAUGUUCAUACUGAUGAGCCAGAUCGUGCGGAAGUUCCGCCUCUUGACACCCUUAGCAUAUUUGACAAUCCCUCCUGCCGUCUGGUUCGACAUGUUUGAACUUAUGAAAUUGAACACUGACGAUGUUCAGACGCGGCUGAAAAACCGGCAUAACAUGGAGCAUUUGGAUUACUUCGAGCAGUUGGUCCCAGAAAAUCAACCAGUACCUCAGAGUCAGAAGGAGAUCUAUCAUCUGCAAAACGUAGCAUGGCAGUUACUUCUAGCUAGCUGGCAACCUUUGGCUAAUCAGUUCUACUCCUUGAUCCUAUUCCUCCUCAAGGGACCCGAUGCCUACGCAACGCUGGUGAAGGAAGUUCGGGAUGCAUUUUCAGACUAUGACGCCAUCAAGUUUGAUUCGAUAGAGCGUCUUAACCCUGGUGCUGUGGUGGAUGGAACAUAUAUACCCCAAGGAAUCACUUGUCAAAUCAGCUACUUUUCAGCGGCUAGAAGCCCGCGGUACUUCACAAAGCCACUCGAAUUUCGACCCGAACGCUGGCUGCCCCCCGAUCAUCCCAGUUUCAAUCCUAAAUAUGGAGACGACAACCUUAAGGCCUCUAAACCAUUCAGCCAGGGUCCAAGAGGCUGCCCGGGGGGACCUAUUGCUUCAGCCACUGUUCGAUUGUUGAUGGCUAAGGUCUUGUGGCAAUUUGAUCUGGAAUUUGGAGCAGGUCAACGGGAUCUAUCGUUUGAGAAAGAUUAUAAGUUCCUUGCGUUUUGGGACAAGCCAGUAUUUCGUGUUCGAUUCAAGCCGGUGCAGAGGGUAUAG